AUCCUCAGCAGCAAGAAAACAUUUGAGUUUGUCUUGUUUUCACUUUAUGAGCACAACCUCAAAUAAAUGACUCACUCCACAAGGAGAAAGAUGGCAUGGUGGUGAGAAAACUUGAUGUUUAUCUAUUUGAUUAAGGUUAUUACACUUUCCAGUCGAGUAUGACUAGAAUGUCAGAUGCUUUUAAAAGUGCUCGAGCAUUUUGAACUAUCUGUAAAGCUAAAGUGCAACAUUGCAGACUAAUUGUUUACUUUUCUUAUUCAGGGUCACAGACUCUACAGGGGCAAAUAUGAUGGAAAACCACCUGGCCAAUGAAAGUAACAGGAGUCUGCCUUUAUCAAUGUCAUCGGGAUAAAAGUACUGCAGCUGAAGACUUGUUUGUUAGAAAGAAGCCUAAAAUCCGACCCUGAGUAUCAGCGUGAGAGGCAACUCUGGCCAGUCCUCCAGGUGAACAGGAGCCUUUCAUCCCGUUCCACCAGGUUAGGAUACCGUCUCAUUGUAUGAUUGAGGAUCCAUGCCAAUCCACAAAGCAAACAGAAGAAACACCCCCACAAACAACAUACAACCUAACAACAUCAGCUGGCAGGAAGCUUCGGUUGGGAAAUAAGCCAAAGGCGGAGCCGUGUUGGUGUGCACACCAGCACUGAAUUUCAAACACAAGCUUUUCUUCUCUGGAUGUGAAAUGAGAGACGUGAUCAUGAGGCUAAUGUGGAAGUCCAUGGACAAGAUGAGGUGUUUCAGGAAACGAUCCAUGUUUCCAUUCCUCGGCUUCCUCAUCAUCUUUCUGCUGUUUUUUAACCUUUACAUGGAUGAUGGAUACGUGCUGGAGGCUGAAAAAAGGCAGCUGGGAGAGACACUGAUGCAUCCUGCAAACUCUGAGAGAUACAUCCACACAUUCAGAGAUCUGUCCAACUUCUCUGGGGCUAUUAAUGUGACGUAUCGCUACCUUGCGGGUCUUCCUUUACCACGCAAAAAGUAUCUCACCAUUGGGCUUUCAUCUGUCAAGAGGAAAAAGGGGACCUACCUUCUGGAGACAAUCAAAUCCAUAUUUGAUCAGUCCAGUUACGACGAACUGAAAGAGAUUGUGGUUGUGGUCCAUCUGGCAGACUUUGACCUGGUCUGGUGUGAGAACCUGGUGCAAGAAAUCACCAGGAAGUUUGCCCACCACAUCAUAGCCGGACGCCUCCUGGUGAUCCAGGCUCCGGAGGAAUACUAUCCAUCUCUGGAUGGGUUGAAAAGGAACUACAAUGAUCCAGAGGACAGAGUCCGUUUCCGCUCUAAGCAGAACGUAGACUACGCUUUCCUCCUCAACUUCUGCACAAACCUCUCUCACUUCUACAUGAUGCUAGAAGACGACGUCCGCUGCUCCAGGAACUUCCUGACGGCGCUGAAGAAGGUGAUCACCUCUCGAGAAGGUUCCUACUGGGUGAUGCUGGAGUUCUCCAAGCUGGGCUACAUCGGGAAGCUGUACCACUCCAGAGACCUGCCACGUCUGGCUCAUUUCCUCCUCAUGUUCUACCAGGAAAUGCCCUGCGACUGGCUCCUCAUCCACUUCAGGGGUCUGCUGGCCCAGAAGGACGUGAUCCGCUUCAAGCCCUCGCUGUUCCAGCACAUGGGCUACUACUCCUCCUACAAAGGAGCAGAGAACAAGCUGAAGGACGACGACUUCGAGGAAGACUCCAUAGACAUUCCUGACAACCCUCCUGCCAGCCUUUACACAAACAUCAACGUCUUUGAAAACUAUGAUGCCACCAAGGCUUACAGUAGUAUUGUUGAUGAAUACUUCUGGGGGAAGCCGCCGUGCACUGGAGACUUCUUUGUCAUAAUCUUCAAUAAAUCAACUAAAAUCAGCAGAAUUAAAAUUGUGACGGGCACCGAUGAUCGGCAGAAUGACAUUCUUCACCAUGGAGCUCUGGAAGUCGGACAGAAGUCUGUGGAAACUAAACAGGGAAGGCAGUGUACAUCCUACAUCACGUUGGGAGAAUUCAAAGGCGGAAACAUUGAGGUUACCAGUGUGGACCACAAGAUCGGCUUUGACAUCGAGUGUGUACGAAUUGUUAUUACUGCCAGUCAGAAAGAAUGGCUCAUCAUAAGAACUAUUAGUUUAUGGACCACACAGCCGGUUAGUCAGUUAAAGAAGUAACAGAGGAUCUUUUUAAAUGUAUCAUCUGUAUGUACGGCAUUAAUUUUGGAUGCGUUUGCUAUGAGCUCAUUUUGGACUACUGCUGGGGAGUUCAAAACAAUCCAUAUUUUCUUGGGUUCAGAGAUUAAUUGUAUGUUUUCAAUGUGAUGUAUUAAAAUUGAUCGAUCUGUACAGUAUGGAGCCUUUAUACUUAUGUUCAUUUUCCUAAACUGAAAAUCUGUGUAUAUAAAAUUUCUUCCUACUUGUCUGGUA